UUCAUGGCUGGGACUACAUUAUUGGAAGUCUUCAUAUGUUCGUGGCCAGCUGACAACAUGGUGGAAGUGUACGUCUCGAAUGCGUUUAGCCUGUUCACUGCUUUACGAGUUAUGUUGAACGAUUGACGGUACGAUGUUAAUUACUGAUUGACUGGUAGUAGUUUAAAAUAUACAUUGGUGUUAUUUGGGUACGUAUUAUAGGAUUGAAGAUACACACUGGAUCUUGUAUUCAAUGUAAUAUACGUCGCUCGACUUCGUGCUUCUCGAAAGCAACAAAAAUAAACAGAAAAAUACAAUAAAUGGUGACGUAUAGCUAGUACAAGUAGUUCCUGAUUUUGUGAGUUUAUUUGACGACCACUUAACACAGAAAGUGUUUCCGUUAGUUUAUUUAGAGAAACACAUCAACGAAAUUUAGUAACACAAGAAACAUACCCUGUAUCGAUCCUGACAUUAUUAGAAUGCCAUCACAGAAAAUCCUAUCCAAACAUUUUCAUUAGUUUUUAAAUUUAUCAAACAUAAACAAUUACAAUUCUAUCACGUUGUAAUGUUAAUAUAGACAUAUAAAUUCAAUCGGUACUUUCAGCCGUCCCCUAAGUUUAAGGCACUGCUUACGAUGGUUGAAAUUACUAUCGAUUGAAGCUACGUGAGAAAGAACGUUAUUAAAAGAAAUGGUAAGCGCAAAAAGUUCCUAGUACGCACGAUUGGUAAUAACGGCACAUGAAUGAUUGAUUGGAAGGAAUAAUUGCACGCCACAUGCCGCCAACAGGAAUUAUCUUCACAUAAGAAACUCGAAUGCAGGAGUGAGAAGAUAUAAUUAAAGUGGAAACCGUACUGCAUAGCUCCAAUUAAAGCUAAAUUAUAGAAAGGUUAAUCAAGCCCCACUGUAUUUCCUUUGCGCAAAAUACUGAGUUUAGUAGUAAUGCUCCAAUAAUAGUCACGAUCAUUUAGUGACUUCAGGUGUAAAGUGGGCAACGUUUUGAUCCUUCAUUCUGCUGCUCUUUGACUGUCAAAAUAAUUGACACUAUCGUGAAAAGCUGAGCAGAUACAUAUUCGUGCUUAUUUUCUAUCAUUAUGUUCGAUAACGUUACCCCAGAGAAGGCUAUGGCCUUUACGAAACUCAGCGUAGCUGUAAAUUGUUAUUGGCCACCGCCAUCAGAUGCCACAACAUUUCAAGUGAUUCGUUUCAAGUUCUUCAGAUAUCUGGGGAUGCUAAGCACCGCGGUGCAUGGUCUACCCUUAAUAUAUUCGAUAUACCUGCACAGGAAUGAUACGAUCACUCUUACCAAAGUGAUCUGCUUCACUUGCAGUGUGCUUCAUAUCUUGAGCCAGGCAUGUUUUUGUAUUGCUCAUCACGAACGACUUCAGGUGUACCUCGAAUACAUGGCCGAUUUCUGCGCGAAAGCACAAUCCUACGAGAGAGAGAUCCUACAACGAUACGUCGACAAGUAUAAGACUUUUUAUGCGCUGUCUGCAUACUGGUUUUACGUCACUGCGAUCUUGUUCAUAUUAGGAGCUCUCUUCGGGCCUGAAGAGUUUCCAAUAGAAGCUGAAUACCCUUUCGACGUAAAACACCAGCCUGUCAGAACGAUAAUCUUCUUGCACCAAACAUAUUUCUGUAUGCAAUGCUCUGCGAUGACGUGCGCCAACGUGUUUGCCGCGAUGCUGUUGAUAUUCGCUUCAGCGGAAUUCGAGAUUUUAAUGGUAGAACUGCGUGCCGUUGAAAAUGUCGAAAUGUUGAUUGAAUGCAUAAAAAAAUAUUAUCGUGUGAGAAGGGAUGCAGAGGAAGUGGUUGACAUGGCUCAAUAUACAACUCUCUAUACAGUAAUUAUGGCCCUUUUGCCACUUGCACUCUGCGGUCUCAAUGUUAUCGGUAAAACACCAACUACUGUAAAAGCGCAGUUCAUAUUCAUGGCUGGGGUUACAUUAUUGGAAGUAUUUAUGUGUUCGUGGCCAGCUGACAAUAUGUUGGAAGUGAGUACCAACACUAUGCAAACUGUGUACGAAUCAGCGUGGUACAAUCAGGAUUUGAAAAUGCACAAACUGGUCCUGCAUUCGUUACUCCCUCAAACACCAGUGAUCAUCAGUUUCCCUUGCAUCGUUCCGGUUAUGUCAUUGAAAUUUUUUUGUUCGUACGUAUCGAAUGCGUUUACUCUGUUUACUGCUUUACGAGUUAUGUUGAAUGACUAAUUGAAGGUACAUGCUGAAUCUUACCACUUGUAUAAUAGAGGGCUCUCGACUUCAUGUUUCUCAAAGCAAUAAAGGAGAACCGGAAAAUGCAAUAAAUGAUCACGCAUAGCUGUUGUAAAUAGUUCUCGAACUUGUGAUUUUAUUUGAUGACCACUCAACAUAGUCAGUGCUUCUGUUAAUUUAUUUAGAUGAGCAAAUAAACAAUGUUUAGUAAUAUCAGAAA